AUCUGGCAACCGGCCUUCAUGCUGCACUACACAGGCUUCUUCUCGACAUCUCUCCACCAUCUCAGAACCUCUGCUGAGCUCCAGCACCCGUGUGCAUUUCAGCCGUCUUCUCUUUUUUCCAGAUGCAAGCCAUCAAAUGCGUCGUGGUGGGCGAUGGAGCCGUGGGUAAGACAUGCCUGCUCAUCAGCUACACCACCAACGCUUUCCCGGGAGAAUACAUCCCAACAGUGUUUGAUAACUACUCUGCCAAUGUUAUGGUGGACGGGAAACCUGUAAACCUGGGAUUAUGGGAUACUGCGGGGCAGGAGGACUACGACCGUCUCCGACCGCUCUCCUACCCUCAGACGGAUGUGUUUUUGAUCUGCUUCUCGCUGGUGAGCCCGGCUUCGUUCGAAAAUGUCAGAGCAAAGUGGUAUCCUGAGGUGCGUCACCACUGUCCCAACACACCCAUCAUCCUGGUGGGAACCAAACUGGAUCUGCGGGACGAUAAGGACACAAUCGAGCGCCUGAGAGACAAAAAACUGUCCCCUAUUACGUAUCCUCAGGGUCUCGCCAUGGCCAGAGAGAUCGGAGCGGUGAAGUACCUGGAGUGCUCGGCUCUAACACAGAGAGGGCUGAAGACGGUGUUCGACGAGGCCAUUCGCGCCGUCCUCUGCCCCCCGCCCGUCAAGAAGAGAGGGAAGAAAUGUACAGUGUUUUAAAAAAAUAACACACACACACACUCACACAGAGUGCGGAGUAUUUCACUUCAACACACAGUCAUCACACUGAGUUCCUACCGGCCAAUUUGGAAAGAGACGAGGUUAAAAAAUUAAAAAACAACAACAGGUGAAACAUCACACGCUGGAGUUUUAGACUUAGCGCUGCGGGAAGAAUAAAUAUUUAUAGCAAAAGGCACAAAAACACAAGAUCGUGCCAAAAUUCCCUCUCAUCCCUAUUUCUGAACUCGAAUGCCUUAAUUGGUGCUUAAUUUGUGGUCAUGAGAAGGUCCUUGAGAAAACAUACACACCUUGCAUGCGCUAAUAUUUGGUUUUGUGAUAUACAGUAUCAUUUAACACACAAUUUGUGCAUUGUGGAUCAUUUCGAUACAGCGGUUAUUUCAAGGGUCGCAUGUGUCCAUAAAUACAAAAAGGUCAAAAAAUUUGAAUUAAAAAAAAAAAAAAAAAACGUAAUGGAAGACUAUUGAGUCUCACACACAGGUGUUUCUGAGAUGAAUGGGCGGAGCUUAUAUAUAUAUAUAAAGUUGACCUAACCUAAACUAGCUUACUCUUGAAUUCUGUUGGCUAUGAUUACACAAUAUAAUAACUAGUGUAAGCAUGAUUUGGUUAGCUGGUCAGCUGUGUAACAGCUGGAUUGAGGAAGUUGCUCAAUCGCAGUUUUUACGUAGCCGAUAACAAGCCUCAAAAACUAAAAAUGGUGAUUUUUUUUUUGUUUUGUUUUGUUUAUAAAGUGUUUGAUCAACUGGUUAAAUAAGCCCUUCCUACGUCAACAAGGUGACCCUGUGGAAUGCGGACACAAAAAAAAGUCCCUCUAUACACAUUCUCUGAAUUCCUCUGUGGAGAUUUUUCUUACUGCUAACACAUUUUUUAUAUUUUGGGCCAAGGUGGGCAUCAAUUUCACCCCCCCCCCCCCCUCUUUUUUUUCUUCUACCUUUUUCCUUAUUGAUCUGUGAACGUGUCUGAAGUUUGUGUAAAUAGAUAUUGUGAAUAACUUGAGGACCGAAUCGAUGCCGUCUCUCGUUCUUGACUGUAAAGGAAAAAAAAAAAGAAAAAGAAAAAAAACGAUCGCCUUCUGAAUACAGCUCUUUUCAUUUCGGUGUUUGUGUGACUACUGUACGUGAUGGCGUUUUACAGCACAAGGAAAAAACAAAGGAGUGAUCAUGACUAAAAUGUGUAUAUUUAAAAUCAGUUGGUGUCUGAAGCUCAACCGGGUAUCAAAUUUACAGGAAAACAAAAAACUUUGGCCAAAAAAAUAAAACUUACACAGCGGUUUUUUUUCCCUCUAAGCGCAGUGUGUUUUUUCCUUUUAUUUCACACUGGAGAUAUGAAAGCUGAUCUGCUAACAAGUAAUCCAUUUAAGUUUAGUGUUGUGAAAACUGUAUAGACCACAUGCUGGCUUAUGAGGAAGUCACAGUGCUAAAACAGUCGGCCAUUUUGAAAAAUGAAAUGGCUUUUUUUCUUUUCUUUUUUUUUUUAGAAACAAAUGUCUUUUUAUUUUUAUUUGCUGUUUACACAUAAUACACUGUCUACUCCAGUGAAGUUGUGAGGACAGCAUUGCUAUACACCAGGGAAACAAGGACACUGAUGACAAGCUAGCUAAUGCUAUACCUGACUAGCUAGCAAAGUGUUUCAUGAGUCUUAUGUGUGGUAGAUGUAAUUUCUAUUGACUGAAAAUGAGAAAAACAUAUCAGCAACGUCAACUUUUACCUCAAAAAUUUUACCCUGUCAUUAAGAAAAUUCUCCCCCAAACAAAUUUGCUAGUUAGCUUGAUUAGCAUUGUAGCUCCAGUGCAAAGAUAAGGCAAAAAACACAUGGCAAACCAAACAUCUCGGCUGAUUUGGCAUGAGGUAGAAACUGUGUACGUUUCAUUCUUUGCCGAAUUAAAAAAAACAAAUUUGUUUGUUUGUUUGUUUUUUUGAAGAUUUCUUUACAUUACAGUAUUGUAUGCAUAUUUAAUUCAUUCUUUUUCGUUGUAAACUGGAACCUUUUUCCAUCCUUUGGAUUUCUGCUACAUAUUUUGCAGUAUACACAAGCUGACAUGUGCCAUUGUGGAUUGUUUUUUGUGUGGCUAGCAUGCCAAAUUUUCAACUUUAGACAAGAUAUGUAUCUAACUUUGUUUCUACGUUUUUGCCUUUUUGAGUUUGAGAGUACGAUUUGUGUGUGUGUUUCUGUGCACACGAGUGAAUGAUGUACUGUACGAAUGAAACAGAUUGUUCAAAAUGUAAAGAAAAACUAUACGGUGUAUGUUUCUGUGUUAAUGACCUGAUGGUGGAUAUCCACCUUAACCUUACAGUUGGCUUCAGUAGACACAAUAACAAUCAGAAAUCCUAUUGAACUGUUACUAAAAUCAUGUGAGUUUAAAAUGUAUGCAUUAAUAAAAUUGAGUCCUUGAAUGUA